AUGGCGGCGCCCGUAGCGGAUAGUUGGAGCUGGUUUCCAGCGUUAGCACUGGGAGUUUCUUUCCUGAAAUGUCUGUUUAUCAGCGCAUAUCAUUCCACAGACUUCGAGGUCCACAGGAACUGGUUGGCCAUCACUCACAGUCUGCCGGUGUCCAGGUGGUACCAUGAGAACACCUCAGAGUGGACUCUGGACUACCCCCCGCUGUUCGCCUGGUUCGAGUUCGGGCUGUCCCAUUUGGCUCAGCACUUCGACAAAAACAUGCUGCAGGUGCAGAAUCUCAACUACGCCAGCCCGGCCACCGUCCUCUUCCAGAGACUGUCGGUUAUUUUUACUGAUGUGAUUUUUAUCUACGGGACCAGAGAGUGUUGCAGAUGCGUUCAGGAGCAGAAAGGCUCUCGGGAUUUGUUGAACCGACCGUCCUUCGUCCUUGCCGUCCUUCUUCUCUGGAACUUCGGCCUCCUCAUCGUCGACCAUAUUCAUUUCCAGUAUAACGGCUUCCUGUUUGGUUUCCUGCUGCUGUCAGUGGCCAAACAUCUGCAGUCUCAGCACCUACAGGGGGCGCUGCUGUUCUCCAUCCUGCUCAACCUGAAGCACAUCUACGUUUACGUGGCUCCGGCGUAUGGCAUCUACCUGCUGAGGAGCUACUGCUUCACCCAGGACAACAGAGACGGCUCGGUCAGAUGGAGGAGUCUCAGUCUGCUGCGUCUGCUGGCUCUGGGCGCCAUCGUGAUCUCCGUCUGCGCUCUGUCCUUCGGCCCCUUCAUCGCCAUGGGCCAGCUCCCUCAGGUCCUGUCCCGUCUCUUCCCCUUUAAGAGGGGCCUCUGUCACGCCUACUGGGCCCCCAACUUCUGGGCCCUCUACAACAUCCUGGACAAGAUCCUGGCAGUGCUUGGUGUUCGUCUGAAGCUGCUGCAGGAGGCGGAGCUUCCUCGAGCCUCCAUGACGGGCGGGUUGGUUCAAGAGUUUCAGCACACCGUCCUCCCCUCCAUCUCUCCCUCCAUUACAUUCAUCUGCACCCUGCUCUCCAUCCUGCCCACUGUGGCGUCUAUCUGGCAGCGUCCUCGUGGUGCUCGGGGUUUCCUGCGCUGCCUGCUGCUCUGUGCCCUCGGUUCCUUCAUGUUCGGCUGGCACGUCCAUGAGAAGGCCAUCCUCAUCGCCAUCCUGCCGCUCAGCAUCCUGGCGGUGGAGAGCAGAGAGGAUGCUGGGAUAUUUCUGGUUCUGAGUACCACGGGUCAUUACUCCCUGUUCCCGCUGAUCUUCACCCCAGCAGAGUUGCCCAUCAAAGUUGCUCUGAUGCUGAUGUUUGUGAUCUACUCCUUCACCGCUCUGAGGAAACUUCACAAAAGCAGCGGUCCAGGCUCUCUCCUCCAUCCUCUAGAGUCCUUCUACCUGCUGGGUCUGAUCCCCCUCGCCAUCGCCUGUGAGUUUGUUUUUCCUCUGUCACCAUGGCAACAGAAACUGCCCUUCCUCCCCCUGCUGGCGACAUCGGUGUACUGCGCUGUGGGUGUUUGUUACUCCUUCCUGCGACUUUAUGUCAGCCUGCUGAGGGAGGAGGAGAAGCCCAAACAGUCCUGAACCGCCGUCCUGUCCCUUACCUGAGAGGUCAGACCACCAAACAUACCUGUGACACACAUGUGGCACACCUGUGCUAUGACAUAUAAGACUCAGACACACCUGUGGCACACCUGUGACACACCUGUGACACACCUGUGGCACACCUGUGCUAUGAUAUCUAAGACCCAGACACACCUGUGACACACCUGAGACACACCUGUGCUAUGACAUAUAAGACUCAGACACACCUGUGACACACCUGAGACACACCUGUGCUAUGACAUAUAAGACUCAGACACACCUGUGGCACACCUGUGGCACACCUGUGACACACCUGUGACACACCUGUGGCACACCUGUGCUAUGACAUAUAAGACUCAGACACACCUGUGGCACACCUGUGGCACACCUGUGGCACACCUGUGGCACACCUGUGACACACCUGUGACACACCUGAGACACACCUGUGCUAUGACAUAUAAGACUCAGACACACCUGUGGCACACCUGUUGCACACCUGUGACACACCUGUGACACACCUGUGGCACACCUGUGCUAUGAUAUCUAAGACCCAGACACACCUGUGACACACCUGAGACACACCUGUGCUAUGAUAUCUAAGACCCAGACACACCUGUGACACACCUGUGACACACCUGUGCUAUGAUAUCUAAGACCCAGACACACCUGUGACACACCUGAGACACACCUGUGCUAUGAUAUCUAAGACCCAGACACACCUGUGACACACCUGUGGCACACCUGUG